UUGCUCCAUGUGUUGUUGUGGAGAUGUUGCAUGAACUCCAGGCUCAGCUGCUGCAACACCACCACAUGGCUCAAAGUGACAUGAUACCUGCACAAAGAGACACCCAACAGGAAACAGAAUUGGAACUAAAGCUUCAUUUUUGAUGGCUGUUGAGUGUGGAUCCAUGUGUUGCUGGUCUGGAUUGAUGUUGCUGUAUGCUCUUGUGUGUUGUGGUAGGUGGAAGUUCUUGUUCUUGGAGGGUGCAGCUGUGUAAAGUACCUGCACAAGAUAAUCUGUGUUCUGAGCUGCUUUUGGAACAAAGAAAUGAACUUUGGGAGACUGAAGAACGUGGUAGCUGCUGCAGCCAUUGAAGGGGUGGCUGAGGCAAGGGCCAGGAUAUUUGGUCAUGUGCUUAAUCCAACCGGGCAGAGAUCAUCCCACAAGGUUUUACGCAAGAAGCUCAUCGGUGAGAAGGUGUCACAAUGGUACCCACAUGAUAUCAUGAAAGAUGAUCCUCUUGUGAUGGCACGUCAAGAGCAAGAGCGCCUGAGCAAGCUUGAAAUGCUUAAACGUCGUGGAAAGGGACCUCCUAAGAAGGGUCAAGGCAAGCAGGCUAAAAAGCGCAACAAAUAGAGAUGAUACUUUCACCGGCUUGCAAAUAGUAUCAACAGCUUCGUGCUGUUGCUAUACGUUACUCCUUGCAAUUUGAUUGCCUUUUUGCCACUGAUCUCAUAGGAUUUCUUUUUGCAACUCAAGCAUCUACUUUCAAUAGUCUUUGUUUUCAUGCUUGUUUCUGACUUUUAAUAUUGCUGAUACACAUUUGUUAGUAUCAACUAAAGUGAAUUUAGGGGUUGAUUGGUUUGGAGGAACAUUUGGGGUUAAUUAGUUCAAAUGAAUAAGAAGUGUGUCCAAACGUCAUUAACUACUAAUGAAAGUUUUACGAUGACUUUUACAAUCUAGAAACAUUAUAA